AUUUAACAUAUUUUACAGUUGUUUCCCAUGUUUUUAAAUAGGCUUUGCCAUACCUCUGUGGGCUUUUCAAUGCUUACCCAUUGCUAUGUUUUUACGGUGAAGUUCAUUUACAGGCCCAGCUUCUGGACCUGAGGACCCAGAACUACCAGCAAUCCAAUGACUUGCGCAAGAACACAGCUGAGCUCAAUGCCUUCCGGCAGAAAACCUUCACUCAAGAGAAGGACUUAACCAAAGCCCUGAAGGCUCUCAACAAGAGUAAAAAGGCUCAGGAGAUAGACGCUCUGCUCAGUGAGAAUGAGAUGCUUCACGGGAAGCUGCACAGCCAGGAGGAGGAUUUCAGACUGCAGAACAGCACCCUCAUGCAAGAGCUCUCCAAGCUGUGUUCUCAGAUUGAAUUUCUAGAACAGGAGAAUAAACAGUUUAGGGCGGGGCAUGGGGCGUUUCCAGCAGCAACAAACCCCGCCUCCAAUCCGGUAGAUGGGGAGUUGCUCCGCCUCCAAGACGAAAACUCCGCCCUCCAGAAAAACAUGGCCGCCCUGCAGGGACGCUAUGAGAGGGAGGUCCAGUCAGGGAGAGGGUCCGAGGUAAACGGACUGAGGGUGACCCACACAGACCACCCAGACGGACAGAGUCACACAGAGGAGGAGGUCCCGGGACAGACGGACAACCAGGAGGGAGGAGAGAUCUCAGAGCAGAUUGAGCUCAGGUGUACAAAACUGGAGCAGAGAGUCAAAGAGCAGAGUGAGACAGAGUUGCAGCUACAGACUGAAAGAGAGGAAAAAAGACUACUGAGAGAACAGCUGCAGACGCUGGAGUCAGCUAUGCACACCGAUUCAACCAAACUUCAGGAAGAAAUCAGCAAGCUGUCUGACAGGCUAAAGAAAAAACAGGAAAGUUUUCUCCGUUUGCAAACUCAGAAGGAGACUUUAUACACCGACAGCAGGACUAAAAUCGAAGAGAUUCAGCAGAAGAAGGAAGAGGCGCUGAAGUCAGUCAAUAUCCGCAACCAGAAACUCCAAGCAGACCUGCAGGCAACCAAUCAGGUGGUCGGUGAAUUGAAGGAACAGCUACAGCACAAGCAAAAGGAUCACGAGGUGGCCCUAAACUCCCUGAAGGAGCAGGUAGCGUGUCAGAGCGCAGAGAGUCAGGAGCAAGUGGAGAGCAUCCUCACUGAGAACGAUGCACUCCGGACUAACCUAGCAGCUCUCGAACAGAUCCAGACUACAAAGACCCAGGAGAUGAAUCUCCUCCGAGAUCAGAACAUGGGUUUGAUUGCGGAGCUGCAGCAGCAUCAGGAAGACAAGGAGAGCUUCUUGGCUCAGAAAGACGAUCUCCACUCCCAGCUCCAGGAGGCAACUCGAGCGAGCGGUCGUUUACUGGAGCAGUUGACAGAGCUGGAGCAAGAGAAGGAGAAAUUGCAGAAGGACCUGGAGGAAAUGCACAAGAUUGCAGACAAGCGCAAAGCCAUGCUGGAUGAGAUGGCGAUUGGGACGGCGCAGGAGAAGUCGAGACACAAAGAGGAGAUGAGCGACGUGAGGCUGCAGCACGAGAAAGAGGUGCUGAGCAUCCGGGCCAAAUACGAGAGAGAGCUGAGGGGACUGCACGAGGAGAAGCACAGGACUGAGGAGGAGAUCCGAGCACAGCUCCGAGAGGAGAGGGCGCGGAGCAGGGAGCUGGAGGGGCUGCAGCAGAUCGUGGAGGAGCUGAAGCUGCAGAUCCAGUCCAUGGAGGGGACCAAGGGCUGGUUCGAGCGCAGACUCAGAGAGGCAGAGGAAACCAUUGAGAAGAAUUUACUGGAAAAGCAAGACGAGAUCAGAAAUCUGCACGAAGAGCACGCUGCACGGCUACAGGAGAAGGAUAGUGAGAUAGAGAGAGUGAAACAGCAGAUGGGAGAGGUAGAGAAAGAGAGGGAUGAUCAAGUGACCACCAUCUCCAAUCUCAAGCAGGAAAUCAAGGACACAGUGGAUGGACAGAGGAUCUUGGAGAAGAAGGGCAGUUCAGCGCUCAAAGAUCUGAAGAGACAGCUACAGCUGGAGAGGAAACGAGCAGACAAGCUACAGGAGAGACUGCAGGAGAUCUUUACCAACUCCAAAACCAAGACAGGUCUAGAGGAGCUGGUCCUGUCUGAAAUCCGCUCUCCCAGCCACACGCAGACAGGAGACAGCAGCAGCAUCUCCUCCUUCAGCUACAGGGAGAUGAUGAAGGAAGGAACUGCAGCACAGAGCAGCAGCAAGUCGAACACAGGCAGCCCCCAAUCUCAGCGCCCUGCAGAGCUGUCCGAUGAUGAGGUGGGGGAGCUGUUUCAGAGGCUGGCUGAAGUGCAGCAGGAGAAGUGGAUGCUGGAGGAGAAGGUGAAACAUCUGGAAGUCAGCUGUUCAUCAAUGGCGGAUGAUAUCUGUAAAAAAAGCUCAAUCAUUGAGAGGUACAUCAUGGACCGCAGAAGAGACGUGUCACCAGCCACGGCAGGGACCCACGGCGGCCACCCUGCCCACCCAGAGCGAGGCAUUCUGGGAGCCGUCCUGCGAGACCUGGUCAAGCCGGGCGACGAGAACCUGAGAGAGAUGAACAAGAAGCUGCAGAACAUGCUGGAGGAGCAGCUCACCAAGAACAUGCACCUGCAGAAGGAUCUCGAAAUCCUGUCUCAGGAAAUUGUCCAGUUGAGUAAGGGGUGUGCCUCCACUCACGUCAGGGACCAAAAUCCAGACACGAGCAGCUAGAGGCAGCCUGAACCAAGCCACAGCUCCCCCCUCUCCACGCCUCCCUCCCUGUUCCCACGGUUACAGAACCCAGCAGAGCUGCUUCAUCUGCGUUUGGACUGUACCACUGCACCAGAAGAGAGGGGUGGGGGGGGGGGGGGGGGGGGGGAUCUCAUUUUCCUGUUGAAUGUAUUUUCUGUAUAUCUUUCGUCUGUAUCUGGUAACAAAUUGAAAUUGUGCAGCCUGGCUGAGGCUUGCUCCUCUUUUUCGCACAAGAGCGAUCGCCCAACUGGGCAUGCUCAGGAUGAAGUCCAGCUAAGAACUGGCCUGCAGUUCCGUGAUCAAGGUAAAGGGGGCAGUGUUGUCAAUGGUGGGGGGAUUCAGUUCAUGAUGGUUGGCUAAAGGUGAUCAAGAUUAUCAGCUUAUUUAAAAUAAGGUGUAUGAAAACUGGAGAGAUCCACAGAGCAUCUGUUGAUUUUUAUAACAAGAUUUAACUUUGCUGCAUGAACAUUUGCCUUGUCAAUUACAUACAGUUUAUGUUCUUAUUUGUUCAAAGAACAUUUGAUGUGGUUAAGAAAAUAUUCAUAGUUGCCGCUUACAGUAAAAAUCCAAUGUUGCAGAUUUUGUCAGUGAUCAAGUCACUGGCCCAGUGAUUAAAGAAAGGGGCUUGUUACCAGCAUCCCAGUGUUCAAUCACAGUUCAGCCACUGUCUGUGACCUCGUCACUUCACCUCCUUGUGCUCCGUCCUUCGGAUGAGAGGUAAAACAAACAAGGUCCUAUUGGAAGUGACUCUGCAGCAGCAGUUUUGAUGCGUAGUUCACUGCCUAGUCACUGUAAGUCGCGUUGGAUAAAAGCGUCUGCUAAAGGACUCCAGAGCUGGUAUCGCAUUGAAUGUCGAAUUUCUCCAACCUCAGUCCAGCUGCUUUUGUUCGUUCUGCCUCAAUACCACUUUUGAAGGAAGCAUAUGCAGUGUGAUUCACAAAUAAUACACUCUGUGGAAUAAACUUCAUUACGAAACAUGUUCAAAAUCGUAACUGCAUGUGGUCAUUCACUGAUUCCAGUUACCUAUAGUUAGUUAUCAGAAAGUGGACACUGAUAAAAAAAAAAACCGCUGGAUCCCCUUCUAAUGCUGCUCCAUUAACUGUUUCCUGACCAGAUUUAUAUUUAAACCGGUUCCUAACUUUUAAAAUAAUUGUAGCUAAAAAAAAUAGUUCCACUGUGUAUUUGUGAUGUCUUUUUUUAACAAACAUGCAUUUUCAUUUUAAAACAUAUCUGGGACAGGUUAAAGAAAUCCCUGUUUGCAAGCCAAGUUUUUUCAGCUGUCUUCCACUUCCUGGCUCACCUGGAAGUUGAAAUUGUCCCCACCCCUUCACUGGCUUCUUUCCUGUCAAUGGACCAAUCAGCUGCUUCCCCUUUUGACUGACAUGCUUUGCAGCCAGUAGCAUGACCAAGGAGACACUGCUGAGGUGAAAUGACCUAGGAAGUAAAGCAGUAACUGACUUCCUGGAAGGCAAGACACGCAAACUGAGAACUUCCUUUAACCCAGAUAUAACAUGUGCUGCUUUCAAAACUACACAUUUCAAACCUAUGUGGGUGUAGACGUUUUGAAAAUGUAUUUUAUUAGCUAAAAUGCUCCAGUUUUGCCAAAUAAAAUCCUGGGUUAUUUCAAAUGUAUGACUCCAUUCAUCAUAGGAAAUUAGAUUCAACACAAAUGCUUAUUUAUUUUAAAAAAAAACAGCAAUGCUUCUCUUAAUGGUACCUUUGUAAUAAAUGAUGUGUGAUAAUUCUGUUUAUCAGUCUGUGUAUGUUCUAGUACCGUUAACAACAGAAUAAUAAAAAAAAAGCUGUAUAAAACUA